AUGGUCAAACGAAGCAAGCUUAUGCAAGCGCUUGACGCUCACAAGGGUCGCGACUAUGAUGCCGAAAAGCAGAAGAAGCAGGUCAAGGCUGCUGAGAAGCGAAAAGGUGUGAAGGCCGAGCCUGCUACUAAGAAGAGCAAGAAGGCUGCGCCUGUGGACGAAGAUGUCGAAAUGAGCUCCGGUGCCGAGAAGGAUGAGGAAGUUUCCGAGGAAGACGAGGCCGAAGAGGCCGGCGACGACUCUGCCGAAAAUGAGGACGAGGACGUGGAAGAGGAAGAAGAAGAUAUUCCACUUUCAGACCUGGAAGAGGACGAGCGCGAGGACGUUGUCACUCACCAGCGCCUGACGAUCAACAACGCCGCCGCCAUCAAUGCUUCCAUCAAGCGCAUUUCCUUCAUCACUACCCAGACCCCAUUCUCCGAGCACAACUCCUUAGUGUCGCAAGAGCCGAUCGAAGUCGAGGACCCCAACGACGACCUCAACCGCGAGCUGGCUUUCUACAAGGUAUGCCAGGCUGGUGCUAUCCAGGCCCGUGGUCUGCUGAAGAAGGAGGGUAUCUCGUUUACCCGCCCCGGUGACUACUUUGCUGAGAUGGUCAAGAACGAUGAACACAUGGACAAGAUCAAGAAGAAGCUAUAUGACGAGGCUGCUGGCAAGAAGGCUGCUGCCGAGGCACGCCGCCAGCGUGACUUGAAGAAGUUCGGCAAGCAGGUGCAGGUCGCCAAGCUGCAACAGAGAGCCAAGGAGAAGCGUGAUACCAUGGAGAAGAUCAACACUUUGAAGAAGAAGCGCAAGGCCGAUUCUUCUGCCCCCACUGAUGACUCCAAUGAUCUCUUCGACGUCGCCAUCGAGGAGGCCGGUCAGCCAGACCGCAAGCGCGGCCGCACUGACGGUGGCCCCAACCGCCGUGCCAAGAAGGACCAGAAGUUCGGAUUCGGUGGCAAGAAGCGACACAUGAAGAGCGGCGAUGCUGCCUCCAGCGGUGACCUGUCCAACUUUUCUCACAAGAAGAUGAAGGCUGGUGCGAAGCGUCCCGGUAAGAGCAAGCGCAUGGCUGGCAAGCGCUAA